AUAAGUACGUACAUGAUGAGGAGAUGACGUAAAGCCUCUUUUGAUCUUCGUUGAUCCAGCGAGGAACGUUGUGCGUGUUGCACCGUUGGAUUCCUCAUCGCCCUCGUUCUUCUCUCCAUUUCGGCGGGCCAGAAGCUGUCUUUGGUUUGCGUAGUCCAGCCGAGCGUUAGUGGAAAGUUUCUCUCUCCUCCGAUUGGUUUUCCAUUCCUACGUGCCCAUUGUGGUUGGAAGUUGGAACAGCGACGGUGCGCUCGUGCCAUAGCACUUUAGAGUACCUAUCACUGAGUGCGAGCUAUCCGGCAGAGAGCCUUUUUCGUGUGGUCGAUCCGUGAAGCUCGCACGCGUUGGUUCUCAGCACCUGAUCAUCGCGUCAUUUGCAUCCGAUACGAACCAAUUCGGAGUCCGUAGCAUCCAGAGUCCUCAUUCGUUCACUGCCAUCCUCAUCCUCGUUGCGACUGUUGCGCGAUUCUUUUGUCUCCGUCCCGCGACCUUUCGCGGGGCCUAGCACCGCUUUUGUGCGUCGCAUGCGAUGAGGAACGUCGCCAGCGACUUUACACGCGAUGGACCGUCGGGAGAUGAAGCCGAGCCGAUUAUAUCCAAGUCGAAUCCAUCCGAACCGAAUCCAUCCGAAUCAAAUCCAUCCGAACCGAAUCCAACCGAAACGAAUCCAACUGAACUGAAUCUGUCCAAACCGGGUCUCGCCGUGCAUCCUCAUGUCGAGCCAGUCCGCUUGCCCACCCCCCCGCGCGGAGCGGAGGUGGGCGGCGGAGAUGGGGCGGAGGAGAUCGAGGCGCGGGAGCCGAUGCCGGCGGAUGGAGCAGACGCAGGUGUUAUCAGUGGGGAUAGUAAGAGCGGUGGCUGUAUGCGUGGAGAUUGUAUGAGUAACGAUGAGGCGCAGCCGAGCUUGCUCGAGGAGGAGGAGGAGGGGAUAGCGGACCCGCCACUGAGCAUAUUCUCUAUACUCACCUUCUCAUGGCUCUCCCCACUGAUGGCGCAGGGCGUGCGCCAGGUGCUGGGCCCCAGCGACCUGUACCCCCUGCCAUCCGCCUUCACCGCGCAGCACCUGGGGGCGCAGCUCAGCGCGCUCUGGGCAAAGCGCAACCCUUCCCCCGAGCAGCAGCAGGGGGGGAGAACGCGCGCGGGGGACGGAGCGCGGCGGGGAAGGGGAGGGGGAGGGGCGGGGUGGGCGGGGCGGUACUGGGCGGUGUGUGUGUGGCCGUUCCGGUGGCGGCUGGUGCUGGUGGCGCUGCUGAUAGUGGUGGAGUCGGCUCAACGUAUCCUCUCCGCCUUUGUGCUCAGGCAGCUGGUUCGCUUCCUGCAGGAUGCACAGGACCCAGAGACCAGCGAUCCGGCGUGGCGGGGGUAUGUGCUGGCGGUGCUGAUGGGGCUGCUGGCGCUGGGCUUCGCGCUGCUGCACCACCAGAUCUGGAACCUCUCGCAGAUCAUGGGGUGGAACCUCAGAGUCGCCUCCAUGACCGUCAUCAACCGCAAGCUAUUGUCGCUCAACGGCGGCGCCCUGAGUCGCAUCACCACGGGUCACUGCAUCACGCUCAUGUCCAACGACGUGCGCCGCUUCGACGAGCUCCCCAUGUUUGCACAGUUCCUCUGGGCGGCCCCUCUAGAGCUGGCAGUGGUGACGACGCUCAUAGUGCUCGAAGUGGGCCCCCAGCCUGCCUUUGCCGGCAUUGCUGCGCUCCUGGCGCUCAUUCCGCUGCAGGCCCUGUUUGGGCACUUCUUUGCGAAGCAGCGGCGUAGAACAGUGGAGUUUACGGAUGCUCGGGUCAAGAUGACAGGGGAGGUGCUGUCGGGCAUUCUGGCGGUGAAGAUGUUUGCGUGGGAGGCGCCCUUCACGAGCUUCAUCCAGAGGAUACGCAACAAAGAGCGCAGAAACAUCGAGCUCGCGUCGUACAUCAAGGCGUUCAACGAGGCAUCCUACUUCGCGUCCGCCUCCAUGGUGUCGCUCGUCAUCUUCGCCACGUACACGCUGCAGGGGGGCCACCUGCAGCCGUCAACCGUCUUCUACGUCAUCUCGCUUGUGCAGCUGCCCCGGCUGUGGAUGUGUGUGUUCUUCCCCGCAGGUAUAGAGCGGGUGGCAGAGGCUACUGUGAGCUUCUCAAGGCUUGAGGCGUUCAUGCGGCUAUCAAGCAGCAGCAACAGAAUGGAGGGAUCGGCAGCGGUAUCAGCUAGUGGCAAGGACACAAGUGCAGGAGGGGUGAAUGGAGAAGAUGGGGCGACAGGGAAGCUACUUCAGGCACAGGAGCAGAAGGUCGCUACACCAUCACCACACCCCCAUGCAACAUCCGCUGCUGCUGUUACUUCUGCCGCUGCUGCUGCUGCCGCCGCUGCUGCUGGUGAGGAAACGGAGACGAGGGUUGGAGGGCGGGAGAGUGUGUGCACGGUGGUGAACGCGUCGUUUGGGUGGAGGGUGGGCGCUGCAGGCAGGGAGGCAGGGGGCGAGAGCCAAAGUAAGGGCGGCAGCAGGAGCGGCAGGGGCGCCGGAGGGCAGGACGGGGAGAGCGGAGAGAGGCGCCGGGAGGGAGAGGAACAGAUGGGGGAGAUAAACGGCGAGAGUGAGGGAGGGAUAAACGGGGAGCAGAAUGGUGGGAUGAAUGGGCACGGUAGUGGCGGUGGUGGUGGCAGGGACAGUGGCAGCAAUGACGGGGGGAGCAAGAGGAGGAGGUGGAUGAGGAGGGCGAAGAGAGUGGUGGGAGGAGGAGCAGGGAGCGGGGAAGGAGGGGAGCACGGAGGGUCUGGGAGGGGAGGGGAGGGGAGAGGAGGGGAAGGGGAGCGGGAGGAGGUGGUGGUGCCUGUGGAGGGGGUGAGCUUCAGUCUGGGGGAGGGGGAACUGCUGGGCGUCACUGGCAAGGUGGGAGCGGGCAAGUCAACGCUAUUGGCCGGCAUUCUGGGCGAUGCUGAGUUGCUAGGAGGGCAACUCGUGUGCCGCGCGGAGAAGAUAGCGUACGCUGCACAGAAGCCGUUCAUCAUGGCAGGUUCGUUGAAGGACAACAUCAUCUUUGGCCGUCCAUUUCGAAAGGAGCUCUACAAUCAGGUGCUAGACGCCUGUGCCCUGCGGCGUGACAUAGCCAACUGGCCCAGGGGCGACCUGACAGAGAUCGGCGAGCGGGGGGUGAACCUGAGCGGGGGGCAGAAGGCCCGAGUGGGGCUGGCGCGAGCCGCGUACGCCACUGAUGCGGCGCUGCUGCUGCUGGACGACCCGCUCUCAGCCGUUGACCCUGCUGUGGGGCGACACCUGUUCGAGCAGUGCAUUCAAGGGGUGAUGCAAGGGAGGCCCAGGAUUGUUGUCACGCACCAGCUGCAGUACCUUCCUAGUUGUGACCGAGUGCUAGUACUUGACGGUGGGAAGCCAGUGGCGUUAGGCCCGUAUGCUGCUUUGGCCACACAGGUUGACUUCCAGGGGCUGCUAGGGGGGGAUGAGGGGGAGGGGGGGGAGGCGGAGGGGGAGGCAGGGGGAGCGGGGGCGGAGGAUGACUUGUUGGCUGGUGGUGGUGGUGUGGUGGAAGGGGGAGAGGAGGGCAGAGAAAGGGGAGGAGGAGGCGGGGAGAAGGCAGGAGUGAGGGAGGGUGGGGCGAGGUUGCAGGAUCUGUGCUUGUUCACUGUGGGAGAGGAUGCUGAUGCUGAUGAUGCUGGUUCAAAGGGGCCAAGUGGGACUAAGAACAUUCUUGAAGAAACCACCACCAGCAGGUUGCCAAUCACUAACGGAGCAUCUAUCGCUUCACCCGCUGUAACCUCACCACCAUCGGCACCGGCACCGGCAGCAGCAGCAUCUGGCAGCAGUGGUAGGCACGGCACCAAGCGCGCUCCCACCUCCACUUCCUCCCCGCCCCCCACCUCUUGCGAUGACCCGUCGUUCCAAGCACAGCUGCUGCGGCGCCUGCGCAGCCUGACCCAGCGAGACCGCUCCCUUGGCCGCAGCAGGGGGGGAGGGAAGCUGUCCCGCAGCCGCAGCAUCAUGGGCAGCUUCGUGCACCGCCAGCCAGGAGGGGGAGGGGGGGAUGAACGUGGGGAGGAGGGUGGAGAGGAGGAGGAAGGAGGGGAUGGGAAGGGUGAAAGGGGUGGCGCAGGGACGCAGGACGAAGGCGCAGGUCAAGGCUUGGUGCAGAAGGAGCAGAGGGAGGAAGGCAUGGUCAGUCUAGCCGUGUAUUUCGGAUACGCCAGGCGGGUUGGGAUGCUGCAGUCGCUGCUGCUCUUCCUCCUCCUCGCGUUCGGACAAACCCUCGCUUGUUCUGGCGACUGGUUCCUGGCCUUCUGGUCGCAGAAGAAGGACCAGUCUGGCCCCUACCGCCUCAUCUACACGGCCCUAGUCCUCACCAACGUGGUCGUGUCCUUUGUGCGCUCGGGGCUCUUCUUCCGGUGGUGCGUGCGCGCCGCCUCACGCAUCCACUCCGCCAUGCUGGCGUCUGUGCUGGGGUCGCCGCUCGCCUUCUUCCAUGCCAACCCCAUCGGCCGCGUGCUCAACCGCUUCUCUGCGGACCAGGGCAUUCUGGACGACCUCCUGCCGUUCACCCUCUUUAACUACCUGCAGACGCUCAGCCUGACAGUGGGCGCCAUAGUGAUGGUGGCGCUGGGCGUGCCGUGGAUCCUCAUCGCCAUGGUCCUGCUCUUCCUGCUCUUCCUGCGCCUGCGCUACGUCUUCCUCUGCACCUCCCGCGAGGCCAAGCGAUUGGAGGCUGUCACUCGCAGCCCAGUCUACGCGCAUUAUGCUGCCACCAUCCAGGGUUUAACCACCAUCAGAGCGUUCGGCGCGCAGCACCAGUCGUCCACCAUCUUCCACCGCCUGCUCAACGCCAACGGCCGCGCCUUCUACUGCUGGCUCGCCGCCUCGCGCUGGCUGGCCUUCCGCCUCGACACCAUCGUCUCCGUCGUCGUGCUGCUCGUCGCCACGCUGGCCGUGGCGCUCCGUACCACCUUACCGCCUGGCCUCGUGGCUCUGGCGCUGAGUUACACCCUGCAGAUGUCAGGCAUGCUGCAGUGGGCUGUGCGGCAAGGGGCCGAGGUCGAAAACAUGUUCACAGGUGUCGAGCGUGCACUCGAGUACACAAACUUGCCGCAAGAGGAGGCACAGGAGAGCAGGCAGGGAGGGGGGAGGGGAGGAAGCAGCAGAAAGGACAGGAAGGAGAGGAGCAGGAGCAAGAAGAAAGAAGAGUGGAGAGAGUCGGGGAAGCAGCGGGAGCAGGAGGAGGCGCAUGUGCCGGCGGGGUGGCCGAGUGAGGGGGCGGUGAGUGUGGAGGGGGUGACGGUGCGGUACCGCCCCACUCUCGACCCUGUGCUGCAGGACGUGACCUUUCAUCUGCGGGGAGGGGAGAAGUGCGGCGUGGUGGGGCGAACCGGCGCUGGCAAGUCGACCCUCAUGCUGGCGCUCUUCCGCCUCGUGCAGCCGUCCGGUGGCCACAUCCUCAUAGACGGCGUUGACACCGCCACCAUCUCCCUCACGCGCCUCAGGCGAAACGUCAUGGCCAUACCGCAGGACCCUGUUCUCUUUGGCAGCUCUCUCCGAUUCAAUCUCGACCCUUUCAACCAGCACCCGGAUGCAGCGCUAUGGGAGGCACUAGAUGCGGUGCAGCUGAGGGGCAAGGCAGGAGGCCUGCAGCGGGGGCUGGAGGCGAGCAUGAGUGAAUUCGGAGAGAACUUCUCUGUGGGGCAGCGGCAGCUCGUGUGCCUUGCACGCGCCAUCCUGCACCGCAGCCGCAUUCUGCUGAUGGACGAGGCAACGGCGAAUGUGGACAUGGCGACGGACUCACUCAUCCAGAGCACCAUCCGGCGGCAGUUCGCCGCCAGCACCGUCAUCACCAUUGCACACCGCCUGCACACCAUCAUCGACGCGAAUAAGGUGCUGGUGCUAGAGCAGGGUCGAGUGGUGCAGUUUGGGUCGCCCCAGCAGCUCGCAGCAGACCGCGUGGGCUCCUUCGCCCGCAUGCUGUCUGAUACUGGCCGAUCUGCAGAGGCCUCCCUCCGCUCUGCUCUCGCCAGAGAUGGUUCACUGCGCGAGGCCUCGCUAAGAGAAGGCUCAAUAGCGGAGGCGGCUACAGCAGAGGCUGGGUCUAUUCAUUGUGUUGGGCUGAGAAAAGCCCUUAGGAUCUUUUGCAGAGACUAAGUCCCAGCUGUAGAGACUUGAAACUUGGAGUAGUGCAGCGGAAGUUGAGGCAGUUGAACCCUUGUACUAGUAUGUGAGAACAAGUUCCGCAGGAGGACUGUAUACGCCAGUAGCGACUGAUACGUGAAGAUCUCUUGUUCUUUUCCAGUGCCGUUGCUUGGGA